CUCCGUGAAAAAUCGUCAGUCAACGGCACACGGCCCAGUGCGAACCAUCGAGGGGUAUUUAUAAUUUGCCGUAUCUCGUGCAGCACGUAUUUUUACCAACCGUAAUCGAUCUGUUAUAAACGCGUCGUACGACGCCGCUGCACUGUUACUCGCGGAAACGAAUCGGUCCGAAAUGAAAAUACACGUGAGUACUGAAAUUUUUACUAUGUUUUUCCAUUCUUACGUCGGGUACUUCGUCGAGGUAUCCCCCCCCCACCCCUUCCUUCCUAUCUCGGUAUCCUCAAUAAUGCUCAAUAGUAAAACGCUCGGCGUUCGGUUAAUUAUGCGCACGUUCUGCCCGUCGAACUAUUAACAACAACAAUAUUAAACAAUUAUUAAAUAUUAUUCGGACAUUUUAAAAUGUACACCGACUGUACUGUACAAUAUCGCAAAAUCAAUACCGUACCGUCGAUUUUUCGAUAAUCGUAAUAUAAACGAUUGAUUGAAUACAAAUCCGUUGUUUAUCAAACACAAAGUUGAUAAAAAAAAAAAAAAAAAAAAACCACCUCGAAAAAUAACACAGUUUCGUUCGGCGACGACAAUUAUUCUUAGCGGUCAGUAUUAACGUGGAUUAUCGAACUUCAAGAUAAAAACAUUAUAUGAGCCGUAUUUUUUUUUUUCUUCAUAUUUCGCUUAAAAAUUGAAAUUCCGUGAUAUUCUCUCGACGACGACACGACACAGAUCGUUCGUUUAUCUUUACGUUAGGAUUCUGGUUGUACGUCGGAGACACAGCACAUGCGGGCAUGGCGUCCUAUUAAGGGGAUUUUGUUCGACUUUGUAAAAUAGGACCGUUUUGUUUUACAUUUUAACGAACAAGACUUGCCCGCUUAUCCGUCGCCCGAUAGCCACAAUUUAAGGGGUAGGGGCAUGGCCGUCUAUACGGAAGAGUAUCGCGUACGUAUCAGACCGAAAUGCCAUUCAAUACUGUAGGAAUUGACGGAUUUUGAUGGGUCCUUUAUUGGAUUACGUUUUCAUAAGUCAAAGGCGAAUCACUGAUCAAAGGUUGAUUGCCGAAAUCUCCCAGUCAAAACUGAAAUCCGUCGAAAACGACUCGUUCUUAAACACAGUUUCGGCGCUCUAAAUCGAACGGAAUAUACGCCGUCGUCAAUCUCCUUGAUCGGAUGGUGGGUGGCGGGUAAUGAGUAUGGAAAUUAAGAGAAGACAAGCCCAACGUAAUUCCAGAAAAUACUAGUGAACCCCCACUCCCUCCUACGCAGCACGAUAACGCGUAACUUUUGCUGCGGAUAACGCGACGAGAAAUCAAACAUUAAUAAUAUUGUCCGGUAUCGUGCACAGGUGUUGAUCGGUUUGGUGGGGCUCGUGGCGUUGGCCGCGUGUUCCGACGAUAACGCGUCCGGCGACCAGACGCAAAGUGUGCAAGACGCGCAACAACCGAAAGAAGAUCAUCAGGCUAAACGCAGCGUGGACGAGGACUACGGCGCCGGCGCGGGAGCGUACGGGCCGUCCGCAGACGAGGCCGAGGCGUACCCGCCGUCGGCGGUGGCCACCGACGUGGCGGCUCCGGUCUCCUACGCCGCAGCGCCGUCCGGUUACGCGGUGCCGUCCGGUUACGCGGCCGCCCCGACGGCUUACGCGGCGUCCACGGCGUACGCGGCCCCGACGGCUUACGCGGCCCCCUCGGCGUACGCGGCUCCGACGGCAUACGCCAGCGCGCCGUCCGCCGUCGGAUACGGUCCGGCCGCUUAUCCAGGGUAAGUGGUGUGUCUUUCGUUGUAAAAACCGCACGACAUAUUUUCGUCGGUCGUCGUGUGUCGUGCGUACGGGAAUAAAAUUGAACGCGCGCUAAUAACAAUAAUAUUACGGCCGUGUGACUAAUCGAAAUUCAUAUUUUCAAACGCGGUAAAUAUCAGGGGAGAGGGGAGGGGAAAAUGCAUGUAAUCGAAGUGUAAACACCGGCGGCGGUAGGUAUACGAGAGAGAAAACGCAAAAAAAAAAAAAAAAAAAAAAACCGGCACUUACGUAAAUUAUUGUGCACGCUAGAGUCCCGGCCGUUUUCCCGGAGACGUCCCCGCGGAACGCAUCUGCCCCUCGACAACAAUCUGUCGUUGUUCGUCGAUCGUUUCGCCCGGUCGGUUCAUUCCGAAUAUACUCUCCUCAACUCAUCUCCCCCCCCACGCUCGAAAACAAACGGACCGAAAUAAAAUAUCCCCCCGAUCCCGCCGUAACGUCAGCGUUAGUAAGCGCUCCGCGGCGUCGGACCGGUACGGACGGAGAGAAAAGUAAAAAAAAAAAACAAAACGGAACGAAACGAAAUGCCUACUACGACAUCCGAACUCGAUUGUUAUCAGCGUUAGUGCAGUUAACGACGACGGGGCCGAGCUCCGCGGGCCACGUAACGCGCGCGCGCGCGCGCGGUCGGCCACGUUUUCAUGGUGUCCGCACCACGGUGUUCUGGUAAUCGAUUCCACCGAACGGAAAUCGGCGUCGUUGUUGACAGUGGGCCGCGACCAAUUACGGUAAUAUCGCGUUUAGGUAUACCACGCCGUUAACCGAAGACCGCGAUAAUAAACCCGUGAAAACGUCCGUCAGUGCGAUACGCGCGCGGUAUAACCGGAAAAAAAAAAAAUAAUAAUAAAAAAAAAAAAAAAAAAAAUUGUGUACAAAACGCAACGGAUCGAUACCGGUAAACUGUCAGGCACACAAUAACAGUGUACAAAGAACGAGGGCGGCGGCGGUGGCGGCGGCGGAAAAAAAAAUAGACCGAGUUGUUUGCUUUUUAGUUUUCGGUUACGACUCGACUGAUUUCGCGUGUUUUAUUUAUUUAUUUAUUUUGUUUUUUUUUUUUUUUUGUUUUACGUCAGAUACGGACCCGCGUACGCUCCGGCUUACGGGCCCGAACAGGUGAUCUCGCAACACGUUGAGAUCAACCGCGCCAUACCCAUACCGGUGUACAGGACGGUGGCCGUCGGCGUGCCGCAACCCGUGCCGGUGCGCGUGCCGUACCCGGUGCCGGUGAUCAAGACGGUCGCGUACCCAGUGGAGAAGCCCGUGCCGUAUCCGGUCGACAAACCGUACCCGGUGCACAUCGAGAAAAAAGUCCCGGUGCCCGUGGACAGGCCGUACCCCGUGCCCGUGUACAAGAUCAAGCACAUCUACCACGAGCCCAAGUGGACCAAGUGGCUAAGCGGCAAUUGGUAAACCGCAAAGUUAUUACAUUAUUUAGGUAGGUACGCCGCGUCCGAAAACGACGGGGGUUUUUUUUUUUUCGUACGUUUCACGGUGAUAAUCAAUAAUAAAUAACAUCGACGGUGAUUUGUGAAAAGGACGUGUACCGCAAUACCUUUUUUUGGUAUCGAAAAAAUCCGAAAAAUUAUCAGCGUGAACCGGUUAAAGGGCGUGUUUUUUAAUACGGGAAAUUAAGUUGGUAAUGUCGACUAAAAGAUGCCCGGGCGCCCUUUUAAAAUUAAAUCGAUACCGAUUUGUUAAAAGGGCGUAUAACACGUCCAACGUAUGUACACUUUUGUGUACAAGGUACUUUGCGUGUCCGAGUAAUCUUAUUGUUUUAAACGUCGUUUGAAAAUUAAUAAUGUUAACAAAAACACCGUCGAUAUUAUUUCUUCGGUCCGAGGGGCUCGAGUCGAUAUUUGACUUUUUUUUAUUACUUUUACGAUUCGCCUACCCUUUAUUUUCCGUUCUGAACGAUACGAGUGUUUUCAAAAUGUAAUUCGCUUGUAUUGAAAACUAAACGAAAUUGACUUGAGCGCUUCUUCCCCGGAUCCAAUGACAGCGGCGGAUUUUCAACAUUUUUCAGGGAGAGUCCCUGAAAAAUCAUAUGUAUAUUUCAAAGGUCUUCUAUAUUGAUGGAUGCACUUUUUUAGGACGACAUUUUAUUGAAAAUAUACCAGUGUCUGGGGGGAAGCGUCCAGACCGCCUGGACCCCUCCACCCCGUAAAUCCGCCACUGGCCAAAAAUGUAUCGUGUACAUCAAUAUACUGUAUAUUUUUGGAAAUGCGUUUCUUCAAAAUAUCGACUUUUCGUGCGGUACAUUCUCUAACGCGACAAUUUUAACACGGGAAUUUUACGUAUACAUAUAUAUUUUUUUAACGAUGGAUUGUUUUUGUUUUAGAUAAUACGGUGGCUUACGAAUAUUUUCAACGUAUUGGACUGCCUACGUUUAUUUAUGCAUGUAAAUAAAAUAUUAUGCAAACGCAGAAGUGUCACGGUACUGAUGAUAAUUGGACUGAUCGUUAACGUUACCAGUGUGCAUAUACAUCAUGAUUUUUUUUUUAUCUUUACUGUUUUUAUUAUUAUUAUUAUUAUUUUUUUUUUUGAUAUACAUUCAGUAUAAUAACAUUGUUAACUAGUAUCUAGUUUAUAUUAUAACGAAUAAUGAAAACAAAAAUGAAUAAACUUAAACUGUUUCCAUAAAAAAAUUCUUAAAAUUAUUUCCCUGUUUUCAAUUAUAAAAAAAAAAAAAAAUCAUUGAAAACGCGGAAACGUAAAUAUUUAUGCUUUUACUGAACAAGUGGUAAUCAUCGUUAAUAAUAAUUAACAAAUCAAAUAUGCCAAUGUUUAAAAAAUUAUACACAAUUCCGUGGUGAUUUUUGAUUUGGUCGUCAUUAACUAAAUUAAUUAGUUUACUCAUAGAUUAUUAAUUAUUAUUUUUUAUUACCAUCAUAAUAACCAUGUUCAAAGUACAGUAGACAAUAAUAAUUAUAACUAUGAUUUAUUUCAAAUAAUUGAAUAUACCUCUAAGAAACACGAAUAUGGCCAUUUUUUUUAUUAGGAUUAUAAAUUUUGCUCCGACUAUUCGUGUAUUAUUACGUAGACUCUUUAUAGGUAUGCUCACAGAUGAUACGAUAAUGGACAGGCCGUUUUUGAUAUUAUAUUAGACCUGUACACGUUUUUGUUCUCAGGUAGAGGCGAUUUGUUUACACUGUUUGAUAUGGUGAGGCCUAAGUGAUAAAGAAUAAAUACAUUAUAUCGGUUAAAUCUACCGGUCCGAAUCAUCACGCUUCUAUACCUGUGUGCAUAAUAAAUUAAUUCAACAUAAUACUUCUUUGGUGAAAUUAUUUAUGUAAAUAGAACACGAAAAUAAAUCAUAAAUGUCUCACAUUAUAUAAAAAAUAAUAAUUAUUAUCUUACAUCUAAUACAAUUUAUGUAUUAUGUUAAACUGUGGCACAUAAAUAAAUUACCUGUAAACUAUUUGUAUGGACAUUAACUAUACAUUUCUUGAAUUGAUACUUAAAAUAAUAUCUCUGGCCAAUGUUUGGCAUUUUAGACUCUGAGUGGAGCAAAGAAGAUUAUGGUUUUAAAAUGAUGUUUAUUUGUAAAUGUUAAGCUAUAAAUUAUUAAUUUUUUAGUAAUAACAGUUUUUCGUAGACAUAAAAAAAAAAACCUUAUUAAGACCAAAUAUACCUACGUUCAUUGCUACGCU